AUGGGUGCCACGUUAGAGUGGUGGAAAGCGCAAUUCAAACCCAACAAGCUGUUCUUUUACUUCGUUUUCUGGGCCGGUCAUAUUGGCGUCUUUGCUCUCGGAUGGUAUUUGCAAGCAUCUGACACAAAACUGGCCGCGCUCAACACGUUGCAAUAUUCAGUAUGGAUCUCACGAGGCGCUGGUCUGUGUCUCAGUGUAGACGGCGCCCUGAUUCUCUUCCCCAUGUGUCGCACUCUCCUCAGGUUCAUCCGACCAAAGAUCCGAUGGUUCCCUCUCGAUGAAUCACAGUGGUUCCACCGACAGGUGGCAUAUUCAAUACUUGUCUUCAGCAUCAUCCACACCGCUGCCCACUACGUCAAUUUUUAUAAUGUCGAAAAGAACCAACUGCGGCCAGAGACCGCUAUUCAAAUUCACUACACGCAAGCUGGCGGCAUCACCGGUCAUGUGAUGUUGCUGUGCAUGCUUCUCAUGUAUACAACUUCCCAUCGAAGAAUCCGACAGCAAUCCUACGAAACCUUUUGGUAUACCCAUCAUCUGUUCAUCCCCUUUAUGUUGGCUCUCUACACCCACGCCACCGGCUGCUUCGUCAGAGACUCCACCGACCCAUACUCACCCUUUGCCGGCGCGGAUUUCUGGGGUCACUGUCUCGGAUACGAAGGCUGGCGCUGGGAGCUUUGGGGCGGUGCCAUUUAUUUGCUCGAACGCCUCUACCGCGAAAUUCGAGCCCGCCGUGGCACCGAGAUCACCAAGGUCAUCCGCCACCCUUACGACGCCAUGGAGGUGCAAUUCCGCAAACCUGGCAUGAAAUACAAAGCUGGCCAGUGGAUCUUCAUCCAAGUGCCCGAGGUCUCGAGCACCCAGUGGCACCCGUUCACCAUCACUUCGUGUCCCUUCGACCCCUAUGUUAGUAUACAUGUGCGCCAAGUCGGUGAUUUCACGAGAGCCCUGGGUGACGCACUCGGCUGCGGUCCUGCGCAAGCCAAAGACCUCGAGGGUUUAGAUCCCAUGGGUAUGUACGAGAUCGCCAUGCAAAACGGGCAGCAAAUGCCCACCUUGCGCGUCGACGGGCCCUACGGAGCCCCCGCCGAAGACGUCUUUGACAACGAAGUCGCCGUCCUAGUCGGUACGGGAAUUGGCGUAACCCCAUGGGCUUCGAUCUUGAAAAACAUCUGGCAUCUACGUGGCGGUCCCAACCCACCGCGACGACUGCGGCGUGUUGAGUUUAUCUGGAUCUGCAAGGACACGAAUUCCUUCGAAUGGUUCCAAGCCCUGCUCUCCUCGCUCGAGCAGCAAUCUGCCAUUUCAGCCGACUCCCAGGGCGCCCCCGAAUUCUUGCGCAUCCACACCUAUCUCACCCAGCGUCUGGACAACGAUACUACCGCAAACAUCUACCUCAACUCCGUCGGCACUGAGCUGGAUCCGCUGACCGAGCUCAAGUCACGAACAAAUUUUGGCCGUCCGGAUUUCAACAGACUAUUUGGCGCCAUGCGUGAUGGUCUUGUUGAUGGGACUUAUCUUCCAGGCUUGGAAAGAUCGGAUGUCGGUAUCUACUUUUGUGGACCUAAUGCCGCCGCGCGAGAAAUCGAAGAGGCCGCCAAGGAAUCCUCGUCGAGGGAAAUCAGGUUCAAGUUUUGGAAAGAGCACUUUUGA